AGGAGAAGAGGAGGAAGCCAGGAAGCCUCCUGCUGCUUCUGACAGCCGUAGCCGAGAAGCAGUGCUAGAGAGCAAAAGGCCGGACUGCAGCUUGAACUGUCCGUCCUCCGUGGUUCAGGAAAAAGACGAGCAAACCUCCGCCGACAUGUCGAAGAACACCGUGUCGGCCCGCUUCAGGCGAGUGGACGUGGACGAGUACGACGAGAACAAAUUCGUGGACGAAGAGGACGGGGGAGAAAACCAGCUGGGUCCUGACGAGGCAGAGGUGGACUCCCUCAUCAGACAAGGAAAUCUCACAGAGGCUUUACAUGCAGUCCUGAAGAACCCACCAAUCAACACAAAGAACCAGAACGUUAAGGACCGUGCGGAGGGUCUGGUGCUGAAGGUGCUCAGUGCCUUUAAGAGCAGCGACAUCGAGAAGGGGGUGCAGUCACUGGACAAGAACGGCGUGGACCUGCUGAUGAAAUACAUCUACAAAGGCUUUGAGAGGCCGUCAGAAAACAGCAGCGCGGUCCUGCUGCAGUGGCACGAAAAGGCUCUGGCAGCUGGAGGAGUGGGCAGCAUCGUCAGGGUACUAACAGCGAGGAAGACGGUCUAAAAGAGGAGCAGCCAAACUAAACAUCACUGACAGAUCGAGGGGGAUGCACUGUACUGUGCUGUUCAUGUAACAGAUGGCAUAGGGACUAAAAGGAAAAACUGAUUUUUAACCCAAUCAGAUCUAAACAAGAGCAUACAAUCUGGGUGGUACGAGGUUAAAAAUGGGUUUUCCUGUUUCUUCCUAUGCAUGAUUGUCACCUAAAUCAUACUCCUGCUGGGUGCUACAGAUAAGUUGUGUCAGUGCUGAUUCACACCACUGUCCUGUCGUUACUGUACAAUAUGUGCUCAGUCUGUACGCCAGUAGUUUCCAACCUAAGGGUGGAUGGAUAAAACGCACAUUCCUAUAGGUUUUCCUUCAAUUUUUGCUUUUUUCAUGUUUAAAUUUUCUCAUAAAACCAGUAGAUGUAAGUGGAUUCCCUUUAUUCAAGCAAUAAAAAUCAGAAAGGUUGGGCACCACUGAUGUACACACGAGCUAACACACGUGUGCUGCAACACAGGCAUGACUUCUAGUAAUGCAUCCUCCACACAAACACAGAAGGUUUCAGCUUUGUUCCUCUCAGGAAAACCCUCUGAGUAUUUAGAUUCCGUCGUUCUCUUGGGUUAUCUCAGCUCUGGAGGGCUCCUGGCGGAAUAAAAGCCCGACUCUCUGUCAGUAAAUCCUCCCACAGCGACACUUGAGCAGCGGGAGUCUCCAUGAAAAGCACAGUCACAGAUGGAGGGGGGUGGAUUUGCUCACAGGGGGCUCGCUAUUUACCCCGGGAGAGGGUGGGGGAGGAGGGGCUUGGUGCCAUCCAUCCAUGGUUUCACGCUGCCUGCUGCCCCAGUUAAGGAUUAUUAUUACCCUCGAUGCAUCUCCACCGCCACUCUUAUUAAUCCCACUUUGGUGUUUCUCACAUCGUCCGUCUGUCUGACGAUCUCAUGCGACUGAACAGGGCUUUAUGUGGCUCUGCUGGUACUGUUCUCUGUACUUUCAGGAAAAACACCCUAAAAAUAUGUGCUCAGAUUCUUUGAUUCUUUAAAAAAAAAAAAAAAAAAAAAAAAGUCUAGGAUUAAACAUUAUCCUCUUUGUUUUGUUAUUAUUUUGAGUAAUAUUGAUUUAAAAUCCCUACUCGGCCAAAAUUAAAAACACUGCUCACAGGUUUGACAAUAUGGAUGUGUUUGUUGCUAAGAAAAUGUCUGUUUUUGUGAAACGAGAGGGAAUUUAACAGAUUUAAGAUCUAUAGUUUGCAUGAUCCCGCUUUUGAGAUUUUGAGUUUUCACUGAAGCAUUUCAUACCUGUCUUUUGUACUUGUUUUGUCUCUCUUCUGGAAAAAUUCAGUAAUUUUUGUACGAGUUUAAUUUCAUGCUGUUGGAUUUUCAGAACUAAUCGUCCACACAGGUGUUGUCUUGCAGCUGGAAGACAAACCUUUACUCCCACGUGAAUUGACUGAAAGUUGAAUUCAUUUUGUAUAAUAUGGAGAACUGAAAAUGUGAAAUCUUUUAUCUGCCUUAUCAGGUAGAUUGCGUCUGUUGCCAAAUGAUUUAUUUUGCUUUCCUGGAAUAAUGUAGCUUACACUGAUGAUUUAGUUGAGCUUGUGUGUUUAGAGAAGACAAAGUGGUGAAAAUGAACUCAAAGCAAAGUGUGUUGUGGUUCAAAAAGUUGCAGCUUUGCUCCUCAUGUCGUCAGUCAGUUCCAGUGUUUUAAUUUUGGUCCCGCUCAUUUCCAAACACUGAGUAAAGGUCCCUCAUGGGCUUUCUCAAUGGAUUUUGCUUUUCAGAAAACACAGAUCAACACAGUUGUGUUUUUAUCACCAGUGGGUAUUUAAACAUGGGUUGUCAUGUUUGAAUACUGUCAUCAGUGAUGAUGUAUCCAGACAUUAGAUACCUUUUCUAAUGCAGUAAUGAAUAGAUUACAUGAGCACAGACGUGACGAAGGUCUGAUGACGUCUUCUUCUUCAUGUAUUUCUAGUCAGAGAUGCUCUUCUAGCUGAGGGCCAGAAGACGAUGGAACAUACCAAACUGAUGUACAAUCUGCCUUACUCAACUAUUCCUUUUUUAUGUUUGUGCUUUUUUGAAAAAAAUAAAAAGUAUGAAUGCUAA